AACUACUGUCCUGGCCAUCACCCUCUCCGGACCAGCUGUCUCUGCCCGUGCCCACCCGAUUACAGCACCGCACGGGUCUGCUCGCUUUCUGUCCUUCCCGCCAAGUGUGAGGUUCCUCAGAGCACGGGUUAAUGUCCCGUUCACCGCGACCCCAGGGCCUGGCACAAAGCCCCACGUACUAGGAACGCGUGGUGAGCAUUGCAGAGGUGUCCCCAGAUCCCUUCCAUCCUGCCUCAUCGUGACAUAGACACAGGUGAGGAGGAGGGGCCGAGCCUUCCCCAAGGUUCAGGUGUGAGUCCUUAUCAGAGAAAUCAGCCCAGGUAAGUCAGACCUAAAAUACACACAGCAUUUUAUUCCUCUGGCCAGAAGGACUGGUCCCCGAAUGGACACGUGAUCCAUCUGGGGCCAACAAGAUGUGAUGGGGCACUUGCUGGAAGCUUCUGGGUUCAAAGAAGAGUCCAUUCUUAGGAACAAGCUCUAUCUCCUUACGAACGGAGUGGUUAUAGAGGUGAUGCCUGGAACUUUUGCAGCCCGGAGUGCUUAAUAGAUGCCAGGCUUGGUAAAUGUCAACAACUCUAUGAAGCGGGUACUACGGCCAUAGCCCUUUACAGGUGACAAAACCAAGGCCCAGAGAGGCUAAGGGACUGGCCUGAUGUCACAGAGCCGAUGGGCGGCGGAGCCUGGGUUUGAACUCAGGAGGCCUGUGGCCCCAGAGUCGGAACACUGAACCGCCUAUCGUGUCACGACGAUCGUGUGCAUUUGCCACGUCAGGACAUUCUACCUGGAAUAUCUCACCAGACGUCAGAGCAACCCCACAAAAUAGCAUUACAUCCCACUUGACGGAUGGCAGAGCCGUCUCUGAAAACCAGGGGAAAUGCUACAUCCGUGGACGGGUGGAUGAAGAUGGGAGGCCGGACCCGUCGAGUGGCCCUGACUCGAUCCCCGUGCUCCCGGCCAAGACUGGGCUCGGGAAGUUCCCGUCGCCCCUGGAGCAGGCCCUUGGGACCGAGAGCCUCAUCCUGUCUGGGAUCGCCGAGGGCCGCCCUGGGCACCGAGUUCCCAGUAGCUUCAAAGGGAGCCCAGAGCCAGCGGAGGUCCCAGGGGGCACGGACAGCAGGAACGCCCGCCUGGCCCCCGCCGCUGUCGACGCGCCCCGCUGUCAGACGUCAGAAGCGCGAGGCGGCUUUGGUCUCGGCCGUCGGCGGAUGCGACCAGGGCAGCGCGGAGCCAGGCGCUUCUGGGAACCGUGCCGGCAUUUCCUCGUUUCGUCAGCUCGGCCGAAGCGCCCCAGAAACCACAUGCAGAACAAAGUCUCCGGGGCUCUGUCUGGAAGGCGAGAGGAUUAGGGGGGAAGAGGACGGCGUGCCACUGGGGAGCCUCCCCAGGGCCUGGGAACCUCUCCAGGCCUCCCCUGAGCCGACCGGCUCCCCCCGGGAUGGCUCGGGGGCCUCGCGCUGCGGGAAUCACAACCGGCAGGCGGCAGGGGCCGCCCGUGUCCUGAGCGGGGGCUCACCAGCCAGGGGUGCGGGCCCUCACGGGCCUGGUCUCAGCCCCUCAGACGCCCCGGGAUGAGGAGACUGAGGCCCAGGGACGUGAGUGACUUUCCCAAGGGCUCCACCCGCUCUCAGACGGGACAGGAGCCACUGGGGCUGGAAUCAGAGACUCAGAUAACUUCGAGGUGCUCGUGGCCGAGGCUGGGCUGGAUCGAGGGAAGCAGUGAGGGGGUUGUGCGGGUUGCCGUGGGCGGGUCAGGAGGACGUGAGUGAGCAUGGGGACCAGCUGGCCGUCCGACCUGCCACCAAAGGCCCGCUCAGAAAGGCUGUCAUGGACCUGAGCCCCGACACCCCCACGUGGAGGUGGGAGUCAGCCAGGUCCAUCGGGACCACCCUAGUCACCAGCCUCUGUCCCCAAGCCCUGCUGCCCACCCAGCAACCUACUCAGAUGGGAGGGAGGCUCCGGGAGGGAGGCU